UUCACGAGAGUGUGUCACACAUCCUGCGACAGUCCACCCGGAGGCAUCAUGGCGGCUCCUAACGAGAAGAAGCGUGGUCUUGAACAUUUAGACGAAUAUGAACCAAAACCUGCCAAACACCUCCGCAGCUUACACGACCGCAUGGCGGAGAGGAGGCUGGUUGUUAUUCUGGAGGGAGCAUCGUUAGAGACAGUGAAGGUUGGAAAAACCUUUGAGCUGUUAAACUGUGACCAACACAAAAACAUGAUCGUGAAAAGUGGAAGAAACCCCGGAAAUAUAAGACCAGACAUCACUCAUCAGUGCCUGCUCAUGUUGAUGGACAGUCCACUGAACAGGGCAGGUCUGUUGCAGGUUUAUAUCCACACAGAGAAAAACGCCUUAAUAGAGAUCAACCCACAGACCCGCAUCCCAAGAACCUUCAGUCGCUUCUGUGGCCUCAUGGUUCAGCUGCUGCACAAAUUGAGUGUCAGGGCCGCUGAUGGUCCUCAAAAGCUUCUGAGGAUGAUUAAAAACCCAGUGUCUGACCACUUACCUCCUGGCUGCCCUCGCAUUUCCACCUCCUUCUCUUCUGGAGAGGCUGUCUGCCCCCGGACAUUGGUGCCAGAGGGACCAGCUGCAGUGGUGGUUGGAGCGUUCGCACACGGAGCGGUGAAUGUGGACUACACAGAGAAGACCGUGUCCAUCAGUAACUACCCCCUCUCUGCGGCACUGACCUGUGCCAAGAUGUGCUCUGCCUUCGAGGAAGUGUGGGGUGUCCUGUGACAGAGACAGUGGAGCACAUGGACAUUUUUUAAUGGACUAGGAAUGGAUAUAUAAUGCAAACGUCGGGCUGAUUGUCCCUUUAACCCGUGAUGCCGCAGGACUACAGACAUGUAUCCUGCAUGUGUGAACUUGUAUGAUGGUGUUUGGCCACCAUGUGGAGGAAUAUACACAAGUUUCUGUACCCAAUGUUCCCUUUUCAUAUAAAAGUGUGGCUGUUUUUUAUAUCAUUGUCAAUUGCGCCAAUUACCAAGUUUUGGAUGAUCAAUCAAUACAGUUACAUUAAAAUAUAUGAAUAAAUAAUGA